CCCGCUCUCGUACAACUAAGCCAUCUAUCCUUCCACCCGUUGCAUCGCAUCGCAAACACAGCGUUGAUUCAUUGCAUUGCCUUGUGUCUUCAAUUCUCUUGAGUCCUGCCAGCAAAAACAACCCCUCGCACCCCGCAAAUCAGCAACGAAGCGCCCCUUUUGAUCUUCCGAGCUCUUGCUGGACAGCAGACUGCAAUCAUGUGUGGAAUCUUCGGUUACAUCAAUUACCUUGUUGAGAAGGACAGGAAGACCAUCAUCGAGACACUCGUAAAUGGACUCUCCCGAUUGGAGUACAGAGGAUAUGACAGUGCUGGCUUAGCUGUCGACGGAGACAAGAAGAAUGAGGUCUUCGCAUACAAGGAGGUUGGAAAAGUUGUCAAGUUGAAGCAACUCAUCGAGGAGCAGAAGCCAGAUAUGACCAAGAUCUUCGACUCGCAUGCUGGUAUUGCACACACCAGAUGGGCAACCCACGGCCCUCCCUCUAGACUCAACUGCCAUCCUCACAGAUCCGACCCAACUUGGGAAUUUUCUGUCGUUCACAACGGUAUUAUUACCAACUACAAGGAGCUCAAGACUCUGUUGACGUCGAAGGGCUUCAAAUUCGAGACUGAGACUGAUACCGAGUGUAUUGCCAAGCUGGCGAAAUACCUCUAUGAUCAACACCCAACAAUCGGAUUUACGGAUUUGGCAAAGGCUGUCAUCAAGGAGUUGCAGGGAGCUUUCGGUCUUUUGAUGAAGUCCGUCCACUACCCACACGAAGUCAUCGCGGCCAGAAAGGGUUCCCCAUUGGUCAUUGGUGUACGCACAGAGAAGCGGAUGAAGGUUGACUUCGUUGACGUCGAGUAUACCGAAGAUGGACCCCUUCCAGCCGAGCAGGCAUCCCAAAAUGUUGCACUGAAGAAGUCAAAUGUCGGCAACUUCCUUGCAGCUGGCAACCUUCUUGCGCCCCCUGACAAGUCUCUUCUGCACAGAUCGCAAUCGAGAGCAUUCAUGACUGAUGAUGGAGCGCCAAUGCCUACCGAAUUCUUCCUUUCUUCCGAUCCUUCAGCUAUCGUAGAGCACACCAAGAAGGUCAUGUACCUUGAGGAUGACGACAUUGCACACAUCCACGAGGGUUCUCUCAACAUCCACAGACUGACCAAGGCCGAUGGAUCCUCCAAUGUCAGAACUAUUCAGACUCUCGAGCUGGAACUCCAAGAGAUCAUGAAGGGCAAAUUCGACCAUUUCAUGCAGAAGGAGAUUUUCGAGCAACCUGAGUCAGUUGUCAACACCAUGAGAGGUCGUAUUGACGUGGAAAACAAAGUGGUCACCCUGGGUGGGUUGAGAUCAUAUAUUGCCACCAUCCGCCGAUGCAGAAGAAUCAUCUUCAUUGCUUGCGGAACCAGUUAUCACUCCUGCAUGGCUGUCCGAGGUGCAUUUGAGGAGCUCACUGAGAUCCCAAUCGCAGUUGAAUUGGCUUCGGAUUUCCUUGACAGACAAGCGCCAGUUUUCCGUGAUGAUACAUGCGUCUUUGUAUCUCAGUCUGGUGAGACUGCCGACUCCCUGAUGGCUCUCCGCUACUGCUUGGAGCGUGGUGCUCUGACUGUCGGUAUCGUGAACGUUGUCGGUUCCUCUAUCUCCCUCCUCACCCACUGUGGUGUUCACGUUAAUGCUGGUCCCGAAAUUGGUGUGGCUUCUACCAAGGCCUACACAUCUCAAUUCAUUGCUAUGAUCAUGUUCGCACUAUCGUUGAGCGAAGACCGAGCAUCCAAGCAGAAGAGACGUGAGGACAUCAUGGAGGGUCUUGGAAAGAUCUCGGAGCAAAUCAAGGACAUUCUGAAGCUCGACCAGCCGAUCAAGGAGCUCUGUGCAAGAACAUUCAAGAACCAGAAGAGUCUUUUGCUCUUGGGCAGAGGUAGCCAAUUCUCAACAGCUUUGGAAGGUGCUUUGAAGAUCAAGGAAAUUUCCUACCUCCAUUGUGAGGCUGUUAUGUCUGGAGAGCUCAAGCACGGUGUCUUGGCUUUGGUUGAUGAGAACUUGCCCAUUAUCAUGAUUCUCACCCGUGAUGACAUCUUUGCUAAGUCUCUCAAUGCUUACCAACAAGUCAUUGCGCGCAGUGGAAAGCCCAUUGUCAUCUGCAAUCCUAAUGACGAGGAGUUCAAGGCCGGUCAAGCCGAGAAGAUCGAGAUUCCAAAGACCGUCGACUGUCUGCAAGGUCUUCUGAAUGUUAUUCCACUCCAACUGAUGGCCUACUGGCUCGCUGUUGCCGAAGGAUUGAACGUCGAUUUCCCCCGAAACUUGGCCAAGUCCGUUACCGUGGAGUAGAGGGACAGAUAACCAGGGCAAGAAAAUUUUGUGUCAUUGUAGUACUUGCUUUUAGCGCUUGGGGAAUGGAAUUGGG